GCUCGUUCUGUUCCUUGAAGGAGGUGCCUCGUAGCUGCCGGUGGGAAGGGUUGUUGUUGUUGUUCGUGGGAAAGAACUUAAAAAGUACAAAAACUAGUCUUCAAAAAUGGGAACCCGAGACGACGAAUACGACUACUUGUUCAAAGUCGUGCUGAUCGGAGACUCUGGAGUGGGGAAGAGUAACCUGCUCUCCCGUUUCACAAGAAAUGAGUUCAACCUGGAGAGCAAGAGCACCAUUGGGGUGGAGUUCGCCACCCGCAGCAUCCAGGUGGACGGCAAGACGAUAAAGGCCCAGAUUUGGGACACAGCCGGACAGGAACGCUACAGAGCUAUCACCUCAGCGUACUACCGGGGUGCCGUUGGGGCUCUCCUAGUUUACGACAUCGCCAAGCACCUCACAUAUGAGAACGUUGAGCGCUGGCUGAAGGAGCUGAGGGACCACGCCGACAACAACAUCGUCAUCAUGCUGGUUGGGAACAAGAGCGACCUCCGCCACCUCAGGGCGGUCCCCACUGAUGAGGCUCGAGCAUAUGCAGAAAAGAACACUCUUUCAUUUAUUGAGACCUCCGCCUUGGACUCCACUAAUGUAGAAGAAGCCUUUAAGAACAUUCUCACAGAAAUCUACCGUAUCGUAUCUCAGAAGCAAAUUUCGGAUAGAUCUGGGAAUGAUGAGUCUCCAGGCAACAACGUAGUGGACAUAAGUCUCCCCCCAACCACGGACGGGCAGAGGGGCAACAAACUCCCUUGCUGCCAAAGCCUGUGACUUCCUGUUUGACUUUGUGUCAGUCUUUCCUCUCCUCACCUCUGGUUUACUUCAACUGUCAUGCUGCUGCCAUCAUGAUACCCUCAUGGGCUCAGACGUCUCUGACACCAAGACACUUGUAUUUGACAUUCCUUUUUGCUGGUUUCUUCUUUGUUUUUUCUUUUCUUGGUUCAUUUGUCUUCCUCUGAUUUCAGUCUGUGUAUAAAAAAAAAAAACAAAAAAAAACUAUACAGCCUCAUAAUAACCUGGAGAGGUAGCAAGUGUUUUGCUAUUAUGAAGUUGAACUUAAAACUGUAGUAAAUUACAAUUUCUUUUUAAUUAACUAGCCUUUAUGGUCCCAUUGACCCGCUCCCGUUGAAGGAAUGGUGAGGGAUCAGUCAGCCUGUUUAUCAGAGCAAGUGGUUUCUACUUGCCUCUUUUCUCAGCUUGCAAUGAUACAGACUUGCUACAGUGGAAUCCCAAUUUCACGUCCGGUUGACCUGAUUCUGUCUGUCAUGCAUUUCGAUUGUAGAGGAGGAGAUGAGACGAAGGUACCACCAGAGUAUUGAUGUGUACUCUGUCUGGAAUUUCUAUUUGCCUCUUAAUUGUAAUUUUCCUCUUUGAGUCCUGUGUCCACUGUGGCAUGAAAUUAGCAUGAGCCAGGGACCAGACUGGCUGUGACUGUCUGAGUUAAUAUGGGCAAGUGUGAAUCAAACUUAAGUGUUUUUAUUUGUGAGUGUGUGUGUGUGAGAGUGUGUUAAUCUUAGUGGCUUAGUGCACAAAGAUACCAAAGGAGACGGAUGCAAUCGUCAGUUUUAGGUUUUCUCAUUUAAGCAUGUUCAAGGCUGCUAAGAUUGCAUUUCAUUGCUGUAUUUGGCAAACCAAUUCAAGCUAUUUGCAAAUAAUGUGUAAUGCUAUUUAGCAAAAGUAAUGUUAUAAAUUGUGCUGUGUGAUUUUAUUAUUUGUGGAAUAAUGCUAUCAGCCUGCA